CUUCGGAUGCAGUGCGGUUGAAGCUUCCAACAGCUACAUUCUACUAGAUAUUAAAGCAAAGAUUGAUAUUUUGAAGCGCAGACUUGGGGGUAAAAUAUCGUUAUGCUGGAUUCCAAGCCAUUCGGGGAUAAGACAUAAUGAAACGGUGGAUAGAAUUGCCUCAGAAGCUAGACUUUUAGACCCGCUGAAUUUAAGGCCCCCUUUUAGUGAAUUUAUCCCGAUAAUUAGAGCAAAGAUGUGGCACAUCUGGGCCAUCAAGUGGAGAGAGUGGGGCCGUUCAAAGGGCAGACUUUAUAGUGCAGUUAAUAAGACACCUCCAACAGUUCCAUGGUUCCACAAACUGCAGCUGUCUAGAAAGGAGAUUACAACAGUGUGCAGAAUGAGGAGUAAUCAUUGUAGUUCCCCAGCACAUCUUUACAAGAUAAACGUCAAAAUAUCUAACCUGUGUGCUUGUGGAGGGGUGGGAGAUAUUGAACAUAUUUUGUUUGAUUGUGCUCUGUAUCGGAAUAACUCCCAAAUUUUGUAUGAGUCCCUCAUUGAUGCCAGCUUACCCGCUCCUAUUAGUGCCUUUUCUGCACUUUUUCACCCUGGAUGUAUGGAUUCUGUUGCACGACUUGUGGUUAGAUUCCUUGAUGCAUGUGGUAUCUGCUUAUAACCGCUUUUGGAUUUGCUAGCUCAUGGUCUAUGGGUUGGUUUUAAUCAUCAUGUAUAUUAGUUAGAAUUUCAAAAGAAGAACUCCUUCGCUGGAGAAGAUCCGAAAACUCUCGACAUUUAGAACUUCUGAGAUUAGUCUCCUUCGCUGGAGAAGAUCCGAAAAUCCUCGACAUUUGGAACUUUAAAGUUUAGUCUCCUUCGCUGGAGAAGAUCUGACAAUCCUCGACAUUUGGAACUUCAAAAAUCAGUCUUCUUCGCCAGAGAAGAUACGAAAAUCCUCGACAUUUAGAACUUCAAAAUUCUGUCUCCUUCCUGGAGAAGAUCCGAGAAUCCUCGACGGAAGUCGGCAAUGGGCGAAUGAUCCUGGUAGUCGUGCCCAACAGCUAUCUGUGAAACGCAUCAUUGAAUUGAAUUGAAUUGAAUCUAUGUAGGUUAUGUGUAACCUUUGCAUGUGGUAAGGUAAGAAAGAAAAAGCAAUAAAUGUCUAAUGAGGAAAUUAAUGAAAAUUACAAACGAAAACGCAAGAAAACUUUCCUUCAAAAUGCUAGGAAAUAUGCAAAAAAAGGAUGGUACGGGAGAGGCAGUCAAAUGGAUGCUGAUACAUACCAAUACUUUGUUGGCGUCUUAGAGGCUUACAAGGAAGGUUUUGACAAUGAUGACGAUAAAAUGGCGUUUGUGCAAAAUGUUUUUAAAGAAACAGAGAAUCGGGAGAUUGAGUGCUCAUGCAACCAGGUUGGGUGUAGGGUAGUGGAAAUGUUAUUGCCCUUCGCUGAUAAUAAUGUUUUAAAGCGAUUUAUAUGCCUUUUUGAUAAAGAUAUUCGACCAUUAAGCAAAGAUAAAUUUGGCAGUUUUGUCUUUCAAUGCCUUAUUAGAAUAUCAACCAAAAAAGUACUGUUCGAAAAGGGUGUUGAGGAUAUAACCGAGAAUUUUAGGAAUUUUAUAAUUAAAACAAGUAAAUUCUUGUUAAAUAAUUUGGAAGAUUAUAUUUGGGACCAAAAUGGUAAUCAUGUGAUAAGGACAUGUCUAAUUGAGUUGGUGCAGUUGCCUAAUAUUGAUCAUAAGCCUCAUGGUAAAGAUCUGUCCAUAAACCAAGAAUUAACAGCUGACAUUCCAAAAGAAUUUCUAGAUGUUGUUAAAGAGUAUGGGGAAAGGUUAAUCCAGUGGCCACAAUUUGGCGAACUGUGUGGUUCUGAACGGACCUCCGGAUUUUUGCAAGUUUUAUUAAGAUCUCUCAAAUUAGCUGAUAAAAAUCUAUUAAAGCUAUAUUUGGAAAAAUUGUUGAAUGAAGUGUUUUUAAAGGAAAAAGAAAGUAGUACCAAUAUUUUACUUGAGUGUUUUUUAUCCAUACCUGCACUUAGAUUAUUAGAAACAUCAUUAGAGUUAAGUUCAAAGAAAAUGUAUAGGCAGUUUUACAAUGAAUUAUUUAGUAAUAGAAUUUUACAGUUGGCAAAAAUGAAGAGUACAAAUUUUGCAAUUCAAAAAUUAAUAACCCACUGUUAUGAAAAAGAGCAAUUUGAAGCGAUAUUUGAUGAAUUGGCUACUGAUAUAAAGGGUGUACUAGAAGCAAAUCAUACUUCUGUAGUUUUAGCUCUAACCCAAACCUGCAAACGUCUGGGUACCAGACAAGGACUACUAUUGCAAAGUAUGAUGAAAAGUUUAAACUGUUUUGAACCUGAGGAAAGGCAACAACAAUUUGUAAUGUGCAUGUGCCGUCUUGUCCCAUUUAGUAAAGGUUUCCAAAAAGUUUCAAAUGAAAAUUUGCAUAAAGAACAACUUAGUUUACAAGGGACAUUAAUGCUACAAGUAAUGUUAGAAUUUAACAAACCCAUAAAACUUGUCAACAUCAUACUUAAUAUGGACACUGUUGAUUUGAAAAAUUUGUUUUCUAAUAGCAUGGCCAGCCAUGUUGUUGAUUCAUUUGUACAAAGUCCAUAUAUUGGAGAAAAAAGUAGGGAAAAAUUAUUAAGAAAAAUGAAGGGCACAUACCAAGGGCUUGCCUCUUCAAAGUAUGGUUCUCGGUCAUUUGAAGCCAUGUGGAAAGUUGCUAAUAUGAAAAUGAAGUUGCAAAUUAUGGAGGAAUUAAUAUAUAAAGAUGGCUCUUGGUCAAACUCAGAACAUGGAAAAAUCAUAGCAGCCAAAGUCAAUUUGACUCUUUUUAAAAGGAAUAAGGAAAAUUGGAAAAUGGCAUUUGGCAAUGUUGAAAAGGUGGAAGAAUUAUUCGCAGAUAUAUUAAAAUAGAAGUAAUAACCACAUUAAACCAUGUUAGCGUACAAUUUUUUUAAAAAUAAAUCUAAUUUUGGAUAUUUUUACAUAAAGUGCACCAACAAAUAAAUCACAAAAAGAAGUAGCAGUUAUUGUUAUAAAUCUCUCUCUAGCUCUUGGGAAAUUUAAUUUUUUAAAUGAAAAAAUCAUAGGAUAUACUGGGUGCCCCAGAAGAGUAAGAGCAAUGUUUUAGGGAGAAAAUUUGAAAAAAAAAUUAUUAAAUUGGUUAAGAGAAAAUUCUGGAAAUAAUUUUCUAGUUUUUGAAAUGAUCACCAGGGGGGUGUAAUUGCCAUCUUGAUUUUUAACACCCAUUUUAUGCAAAAUUUCCUUAUAUUAAAUAUUAUUUAAAAAUGCUAUACUUGGUGUGUGUCACUUUACGACGUCAGCUUCUUUAACCACUGUUGUGAGCCACUUCCGACGUUAUCUUAAUAUUGACCACGGGUUUGAUGACAAUAGGAUAUUUUCGGUGUUUGCUAUUUUGACUUUUUUCUUAGUUCUGACCGUCGCGUCACACGUUACUCAAUCAAUGUAUUCGUACUAUGAAAACCCCUCUGAAAUAGCCGAUUUUAUGCAUUUUUACAAGCUGCGGAGUUGCAGUAAGAGAAGGCAUUCUUUACUAUAUUACCGAAAUAGUACACUUUUUUAAUUUAACCUUUUAACAAUGUAGCUCCAAAAACUUUUUUGUUUUUCCAGAUUCAAAAAUGAAUUAAAUACACAAACAUCAAUUCUAUUCAUUCUUUGUUCAUGACUGUAAACUAAAGUACAAAAACACAAGAUAUUUAAAAAAUGUAUUUACACAACUGUAAUACAAAUUAGGAUCAAAUUAACAUGUUACACAACCAUUUAACAAUGGCAAUUUCCCAAAUUAACAGUUUUGUGAAAUAAGCCUUACGGAACUACACUCUCUGUAAUGAAUAAAUGGAAUAUAUUCCCAGACCAUUUUUUAAUAAGGUAGAUUUAACAUUUCUUUACUCUCAUGUAAAAUUGACUACAGAACAAAUAUUUACGUAGUUGUCUAUUGUGUAAAAUGCCUGCUUUUUUUUGACAUUAUGAGUUAUUACACAACUAUUAAAAAACAUUUUUGGUUUAUGUGGCGGUUGACAUUUAAUAAAUAUAUUUAAAUUCUCACAACAUAGAAUUCAUAUUUUUAUCAAAAUUUUAAGGAAGCUGUGUCAUUUAGGUCACGUUUGCAUAAUUUCACUAGAAUUUUCAUAUAGAAAUACGUCUCCUAAAACAAAUAAUUUAAUAACAAAUAAAUUCAACGCAAAAUUAAUAUACUUGACUCACCUUUUUUUUAUUUCAAAUUUCUAAAAUUUAAGAAGUUGUAAAAAAUGCGUAUCGCCUAUUCAACCAAUGCUAUAAACCAAUCCUCUAAUUCAUAUCCGCAUGUCGUUUAUGUUUUAGCAAUAUUCUGUAUAUUAUCAUCAAUUGGGUAUCGUAAACUAUUUAAUUUGUAAAUUUUGAAAAUUCAUUAAUUGUACGUAUUCUCCUGAACUGUAAAAUAGUUGCUCGUUUACAAACAGGCUGUCCUUACAGAUUUCCUUAAAUCUGAUUAGGUAAAAAUGAUUAAUAGAGUACGAUUUUAUUGCUUAUUGAGUCAUUUAAUAUCAAUAUGUUAAUAUGGAUUAUUAAUUUGAUGAUAUUUUAUACACUGCCUCUAUUUUUUUUC